AUGGCCGCUGCGCUCUUGCGCAAACGCUUCAAGCGCACGAAACAACCUACCGCAGACCCCGCUCCGCCCGCUUCGUCUCUCACCGCUGAACUCGCUCCCUCGUCGGCCGCUCAGACUCCCUCGUCUACUCCACCACCCGCACCGACCGAUCCACCGCCACGCUCCUUCGCACAGCUUGCGGAUAUCGCGGACGAGAUUGUCGCGAGCAGCUGGGACCCGGGCUUGCCGCUGAGGCAUUGGGUGCGGGCCUGUGGGAGUGGUGUGUGCAGGGCGCAGGUGUACCAGGAGGAGGGCAACUACGACAUGGCCUUCGUCCGCGUCGCUACCAUCCUCAAGCUCCUACAAGACGUCCUCCCACGCUUGCACCCUGAAUGGCGGACUUUGUCAGACGAGCAACUCGGCGCAAUUCACCAGCGCAUCGCCACCUUUUCCGCAAUCCACGCCUCUCUCAAAUCCUACCUCGUCUCCCGCACAACGACCUACUAUUCCUCUCUCCCCUCCUCCUCUUCCUCCCAACUCACCUCCUCUCCCUCACCCGCUUUAACGCUCCGAAAUACUAUCACCCCCGCCGCCACAACCUACACCGACUCGACCGCUCCUCCCGCACGCCUUCCCUCUUCUUCCUCGUCUUCUGCCGAAAUGCCGAGUGGUGCGCACCCCAGACGUGCGGGGGCGCGGGAAAGACAAGAGGGAGAAAGAAGGACUGCGAUAGGCGAGUUGAGGAGGGGGUUGGAGGGGAUGAGAGGGUUGGGGAGGCCGCUUGUGGCGGGGACAAAGGAGCGGGUGGAGGACCUCAAGGGGGCCCUGCCUAUCCCUGGCGACGACGCGGAAGAAGAGGCGUUUGCGAACGAGUCGAGGCCGACGGGACAGGCGGACUUGCUCCCUCGCGCUCAAGGUCGUCGAAUCCCGAAACUCGGCGAGACUUUCGUCUCUCCACCUCCUCCGAUCGCCGUUCCUGCCUCAGCACCAUCGGCUACCCAUGCCGGACCCGCGUACCCGUCUCUCCACGCGCCUACGGCGUCGACGUCCGGCCCAGCGAGGACGAACGAGCCGAGCGCGCCGUUACCGCUUCCUGGAGAAGGCGAGUCGGAUGAGGAAUACAGUGAAGAGGAGGAGCCAAAGCAGCACUACAUUCCCCCGUAUCCGCCCGUGCAGGCCGCCAAUGUCUCGCCUCUCGCUCCGUCUUAUCCUCAAUACCUCGGUCCCUCGCCUUCGCCGCCUACAGCGCAGCACUACCCAAGUCAAUUGUUGCAGUCUCUUCAUGCUCCGCCGCAGCAGCCUCAUUCGCAUCCGUCUUUCCCGCCUCAGCCGCCUCAGUACCCUACUCCGCCCAUCCCACCCAUCCCGCCUGUCCCUCCCGUCCCGCCUCCCGCUUUCUCUUCCCAUCCUCAACAUCCUACACCGCCCUCAACCUAUCCGCAACCGUCCUCCCAAACGCACUUGCCCGUCCCUCCCUUCCCCCCUCCUCCUCAGCCCUCCGCACCUCCCAACCUCCCUUCCAUCCCCGCUCCUUCCGCUCCUCCUUUACAGCCUACACAUGACGCGCCGCAAACGUCGACUGCUGCGCUAGGCCGAUCGAGGAGCUUGAGUCUUGCGAGUACGGUUUCGAGGAGGAUGAGUGGAAGGGAGGGGAGGGGCGGGUUGGGCGGGGUGGUGGAGGUGGAAGUGCAUGAGGAAGCGGAAGACCAAGACGACCCCUCCCUCGUCGCAACAACCGAAUCCGGCGCCCCCCUCCGCACCCUCUUCCUCCCCGAACGCCUCAUCCCACACUUCACCGACAUCGUCGCAGCUCGAAACACCGCGCGGAAUAUCGAGACCUGCGGAUUGUUGCUCGGUCGACUCGCGCGGGAUGUUUUCACGGUUACGCAUUUGUUGGUGCCGAAGCAGGAGGGGACGAGCGACACGUGCACGACGAUGAACGAGGAGGAGGUGUUUGAGUUUCAGGACAGGAGGGGGCUGUUGACGCUCGGUUGGAUCCACACCCACCCCUCCCAAACAAUCUUCCUCUCCUCCCUCGACCUCCACACGCACGCCUCGUACCAAGUCAUGCUCGCAGAAGCCAUCGCAGUCGUCUGUUCUCCUCGCCACGACCCGAGUUUCGGCGUGUUCAGGUUGACGGACCCGCCCGGGUUGGAGGUGGUUGGGACGUGUAGAGGGCAGGGGGCGUUUCAUCCGCACCUCGACCUCCCGCUCUACACUGAUGUCGACAGCGAUUUUGGCCACUGCAAGGUCCGCGACCUGCCUUUCGAGUGCUGCGACUUGCGGACAGGAGCGUAG